AUGACAUCUUGUUGUAUCCGCGUGUGUCGAGGUGUGUGUGUUGAGGUGACGAAGGGUGAAGAAGAAAAGGAGGGGAAGUUUAGUUUGGUCGAUGAAGUGUUGUGCGAGCACUCCUGA